AUGAUACUCAGGUUCGUUAGCAAAGAGGGUCAGUUCAGAUUGACAGUACAGCCCGAAGACACUUUUCCAGACAUUCUUCCCCAAAUCGCCGAGAAGCUCCCCAAGAACAUCGAUCUCCAGAGCCUCAGUGUCAGUAACCGUCCGCAAGGUGGCGAUGAGAGGAAAUUCGUAGAUCUCAAAGGUGUGAGCUUUAAGCAAGUGAACCUGUCGAACGGCGCACAACUCUUCCUCUCCUUUGAAGAGCAAUCUACGCCAUCGAAUGGCCAUGCUGCAAUUGCCUCUGGCGGCGCGCGACUGAAUGGCAAACCCGUCCAGCCCUCCGAAACCGCCUCUGUGCCCCUCGAUGCCCCCACCCAAAUUAUAAAGAACCCAUGGGAAGUGGUCAGACAAUCUCCGCUUGACGAUCGGCUCGACAGGCAAGAUGGCAAGAUUCCCCGCAAACGCGACGCCCGCAUGUGCACCCACGGACAUAAGGGCAUGUGCGACUACUGUAUGCCGCUGGAGCCCUACUCACCCGAGUACCUUGCCGAAAAGAAGAUCAAGCAUCUUUCUUUCCACUCGUACCUGCGCAAGGUCAACUCGGCAAAGAACAGACCAGAGCUCGGAAGUUCUUACAUCCCACCUCUGACCGAACCCUACUACCGCGUAAAACCCGACUGUCCAUCGGGGCACAAGCCGUUCCCAGAGGGUAUCUGCACAAAGUGCAUGCCCAGCGCCAUCUCACUUAAACCGCAAGAAUAUCGCAUGGUGGACCACGUCGAAUUUGCAUCUAUACAGGUUGUCGACGAUUUGAUCAACUUCUGGAGGCAAACUGGUUGUCAGCGACUGGGUUUCUUAUACGGCAGAUAUGAGGAGUACACUGAGGUGCCACUAGGAACAAAGGCUGUGGUUGAGACCAUCUACGAGCCACCACAAAUCAAUGAAGUAGACGGCAUAUCGUUGGGUGACUGGGAUAACGAGCAGGUCAUUGACGACAUCGCCGCGCAGUGCGGGCUGCAACGAGUCGGUGUCAUCUUUACUGAUCUUCUCGACGCCGACAAGGGUGAUGGCUCCGUCAUCUGCAAGCGACACAUAGAUUCCUAUUAUCUGUCUUCACUUGAGGUUUGCUUUGCGGCACGGUAUCAGGCAAAGUAUCCUCGGCCAUCAAAAUGGAGCGAUACCGGCCGGCACGGAUCUAACUUUGUAACAUGUGUUAUUAGCGGUGAUGACCAAGGUCAGAUUGGCAUCUCAUCUUAUCAGGUAUCAAACGACGCUGUCGAGAUGGUACGCGCCGACAUCAUCGAGCCUUCAGCGGAACCCAAGGUCAUGCUUGUCCAGUCAGAAGAAGACAACGAGGCGCUCAACCGCACGCGAUAUAUCCCCGAAGUUUUCUACCGAAAGAUCAACGAACACGGCGCAAACGUACAAGAAAUUGCUAAACCUGACUUUCCAGUUGAGUAUCUGCUUCUUACACUUACUCAUGGUUUCCCUACUCAGCCAAACCCUCUCUUUACUGGCGGCAAGUUUCCAAUUGAAAACCGCGAAGCCAUGGGCGAAAUGCCCGAGAUUACGCAUCUUAGCAAGGCUCUCAAUGCCAAGGCAAAUGGCCUCGCUCUCAAUACUGCCAGUGGCCUGAAGGCGAUUUCGAACUUUCACAUGCUCUGCUUCAUCCACAACCUGGGAAUCUUAUCAAAGGACGAAGAAUCGCUUCUGUUCAAGGUUGCGUCAACGCACGAUACCUCAGAAGGCUCAGCACUCCAGCACACGCCAGGCUGGGCAACUCUUCUAACCAUUCUCAAAGAAAGUGGUGAGCGCCCCCCGAAACGUUCCUAUCAGUCUCCGUCUCCCUCUCAAUCAGCCAGGAGGGGGGCUGCAGCACCUCUUCCCCUGGAGCACCAGCGUACAAUGCGACAGUCCUCCUAUGGCUCAGAUUCCGAUUCAGUACAAUUGGCUAAGCGGGUCAAGGGGCCACCACAAGUCACAAUGGCCGAUUUCUUCAACAUCAAGGCCCGGCAACAGGCCGCUGCGCAGGCGAGUUCGUCAAAAGCCCCUACAACAAAGCAAGAGCCAAAUCGCUUGCAACCAUGGGUAGAGAAAUACCGACCCAAGACGCUGUCCGAAGUCACAGCCCAGGACAAUACUAUCCAAGUCCUCUCCCGCACAAUGCAGUCCUCCAACUUACCCCACAUGCUCUUCUACGGCCCCCCAGGAACAGGAAAAACCUCGACUAUCCUCGCCCUUGCCAAAGAACUCUACGGACCUGAACUCAUGAAGUCGCGUGUACUGGAACUGAACGCAUCCGACGAGCGCGGUAUCAGUAUCGUACGGCAAAAAGUCAAAGACUUUGCCCGCCAACAACUUAGCGUAGCACCAACAUACAACGUCAUGGUAGAAGACAAGAGCGGGACAGGAGAAGAGGGUAUGGUACGAUACCGAGACAAGUACCCGUGCCCACCCUUCAAAAUCAUCGUUCUCGACGAGGCAGACAGCAUGACGCAAGACGCACAAUCCGCGCUCCGCCGCACAAUGGAGACAUACAGCCGCAUGACGCGCUUCUGCCUCGUCUGCAACUACGUCACCCGCAUUAUCGACCCUCUCGCCUCCCGCUGCUCCAAAUUCCGCUUCAAAAGCCUCGACCAGGGCAACGCCGUCAAGCGCGUUAGCGACAUCGCAGCGCUCGAGAAUGUGAAGUUGGACGACGGUGUAGCAGAGGAAUUGGUGCGUGUAGCAGACGGCGAUUUACGAAAGGCAAUUACGUUCUUACAGUCUGCUGCGCGGCUUGUCGGCGCUAUACAAUCUCAAGGCGGCGGCAGCAAAAAAGGAAAGAAACGUACUGCGGUCCCAGAGGAUGACGAGAUGGAUAUUGAUUCCGGUAACACAGCGACACCGUCUGUAUCCCUCCCCACCAUCGCCGAAAUCGCAGGCGUCUUACCACCUGAAACUCUCUCUACUUUCACAUCUGCACUCUUCCCCAAGUCCUCGGCACAAAAGUCGAUACGGUAUAAUGAAAUUGCCAAGGUAGUCGAGAAUAUGGUGGCGGAGGGGUGGAGCGCAGCGCAGACGGUGGGGCAGCUGUACGAGCAGAUUAUGUUUGAUGAGCGGGUGGAGGAUGUGAAGAAGGUGCGGCUUGCGGCAGUGUUUAGUGAGACGGACAAGAGGCUAGUGGAUGGUAGUGAUGAGCACCUUGCUGUGCUUGAUCUGGGGGUUAGGGUUGCAGGAGUGUUAUGUUUGUGA